UAUUAAAAAUGGCGACUUAUAUUGAAAACAUGCGAAAACACUUUCAGCAAAAUAAACGGAUACGGGAGCACACAGCUCAUGAUUCCAAAGUCCACUCAGUGGCCUGGAGCUGUGACGGGAGGCGGUUGGCCUCGGGGUCAUUUGACAAAACUGUUAGUGUCUUUCAACUGGAUAACGACAGAGACCGAAUGGUGAAGGACUGCACACUCCGUGGACACAGCGACAGUGUAGAUCAGCUCUGCUGGCAUCCAAAAAAUCCCGAUCAACUGGUGACCGCCAGUGGAGACAAGACAAUCAGGAUCUGGGACGCCAGGACCAACCGCUCUGUGGCCACAGUCAACACAAAGGGUGAAAAUAUCAAUAUAUGCUGGUCACCAGAUGGCAGCACUAUAGCAGUGGGGAACAAGGAUGACCUUAUCACCUUUAUAGAUGUCAGAAGUCAUAGGUCAAAGGCCGAAGAACAGUUCAAGUUUGAGGUCAAUGAAAUUUCUUGGAACAAUGAUGGGGAUCUUUUUUUCCUGACAAGUGGCCAGGGAAGCAUAAACAUAUUAAGUUACCCAGACCUAAAGGUCCAGCACACACUGAAUGCCCACCCUGCUAACUGUAUCUGUAUCGAGUUUGAUCCUAAGGGGAAAUACUUUGCCACAGGAAGUGCUGAUGCCUUAGUUAGUAUCUGGGAUGUUGCAGAGUUGGCAUGUGUCAGGACUCUCUCUAGGUUAGAGUGGCCAGUGAGAACAUUAAGUUUCAGUCACGACGGCAGAAUGUUAGCCUCAGCCUCUGAAGAUCUCAUCAUAGACAUUGCAGAGGUCGACUCAGGAGAGAAAAUCACAGAGAUUACUUGUGAAGCUCCUACGUUUACUGUUGCCUGGCACCCGAAGCGCCCUCUACUGGCUUAUGCCUGUGAUGAUAGAGACACAUAUGACAGAAAUCGGGAUGCAGGCACUGUUAAAGUGUUUGGGUUCCCCAGUGACAACUCUUGAGAGUUUUAUAAAUAAAACUUGGGAGUGACUUACCUUGGAGAUAUUCCAAGACAAACAUUGGACA